GAAACGAGUGCGCUUUGUGCAGAAAAUCACCAUUUUACGCGUGUCCCCAAAUGUACCCACCGCCUCUGCAGGCAGGGGCGGGCAUGGGGAGGGAGCGGGCGGGGGACUGGGUACGCCAAAGACCGGCAGCGAGGGAAACUGAGGCAGGGAGGGGAAGGGCAGCGGGGCUGGGGCAGCCUUAAGGCGGGCGGGCGGCGGAGCCGCUGCGCUGUCGCAGGGCGCUUGUGCCGCUUUAAGGCGGUGCCGGCGCUCCGGGCUCGGCAGGCACCGGGAAGAGGAACUGGGCUUUGCACUGCCGGGUCGGGGCGAGCUCCGCGCCGGCCCCGCUGCCCUCGCUGCCCUCCUGCCGCCGCCGCUCCGCGCUCGCUGCCGGGGAGGGAUGGGGUGGGGAGGGGGAGGACGCGCUGGGGGCCAGGACGGGUCUUUGCAUCCCCCCCGCGCCCCCCGGCAGCCCCUCCGCUCCCCCUUGCACCCCCCAGCCGCUCCUUCCCUCUGCUGCAAAGGGAUGCGCUUGGCAGGGCUGCCCGCUGCCCCGGUGCGUGCUUGAAAUAGAGGCACCCCCCCUUUGCUUGGAGAGCCCCCCCAGCCCUGCUCCGAGCCCCCUAUCCCCUGCCCCAGCCCGCCAGCUGCUUCUUGGAGGCCCCAUCGCCUGCUCGGAGCCCCAUCCCCAUCCUCAAGCUCCCGAAUCCCUUCCUCAAACCUCUAUCCCCUUCCCUGAGCCCCUUUCCCCUGCUCCAAGGCUCUUUCCCCUGUCCCAACCCCCCAUCCCCUUCCCUGAGCCCCCUUCCCCUGCUCCAAGGCUCUUUCCCCCGUCCCAACCCCCCAUCCCCUUCCUUGCGCUCCCUUUCCCUGCUCCAAGCCCCCAUCCCCUUCCCCGAGCCCCCUACUCUGAGACCCCAUCCCCUUAUUCAAGUCCUCCAUCCCUUUCCUUGACCCCCUAUUCCCUGCCCUGAACUCCCAUCCCCUGCCCUGAACCUGCUUCCCUGAGCCUCCCAUUCCCUCCCCUGAGCCCCUUUCCCCAAAUCCCCCAUCCCCUUUCCCCAAAUCCCCCAUCCCCUUUCCCCAAAUCCCUCUCCACGAUGAUUUUGCUGAGCAGCUUCCUGCACCUGCGGCCCCGGCGCUGCGGCCCCUUGGCCGGGCUGGGCAGGGGGCUGGGCCCCGCGGCGGGGUCCCGCAGGGCUCUGCGGGUGCUGGUGGACAUGGACGGGGUGCUGGCCGACUUCGAGGGAGGCUUCCUGAAGAAAUUCAGGGCCAGGUACCCCGACAAGCCCUACAUUGCCCUGGAGGACCGGAGAGGCUUCUGGGUGUCGGAGCAGUACGGGCGCCUGGGACCCGAGCUGAGUGAGAAAGCCAUCAGCAUCUGGGAAUCCAAGAACUUCUUCAUCGAGCUGGAUCCACUCCCUGGGGCUGUGGAAGCUGUGAAGCAAAUGGCAAAUUUGGCAGACACUGAUGUGUUCAUCUGCACGAGCCCAAUCAAGAAGUACCGGUACUGCCCUUAUGAGAAGUAUGCCUGGGUGGAGAAGCACUUUGGCCCUGAAUUUCUUGAGCAGAUUGUUUUGACACGAGAUAAGACGGUGGUUUCUGCUGAUCUGCUUAUAGACGACAGACCUGAUAUCACAGGGGCAGAGCAGAACCCCACCUGGGAGCACGUGCUCUUCACUGCCUGCCACAACAAACACCUGCAGCUGAAGCCCCCCGGCCGCCGGCUGCACUCCUGGUCUGAUGACUGGAAGGCCAUUCUGGACAGCAAACGCCUCCCACCUGGCCAGGCCACCUAAACACCAGCCCCCACGGCCACCUGGGCCUGCAGCCACCUGCCUGUGUCCCUGUGGAGUCCUGCUGAAGGCCAGGAUGGACACACAGACAGAUGCUGUCCCUGCUGCAGAGAGGAAGAGGAGAGUGAGAUGAAGCGCCACAAUCACCUGGACUUGAAAAACAGACCCCAGCCCAGCCCUGCCACGAGGGAGCAACAGCAGGAUUGUGCCUGUGGACCUGACAGCCUGGCUGGGGGGCAUUUCCCACUGGCUCCUGGGGUCUCUGUGCUGCAUCUGCACCUCCCCACAGGGCCAGCCCAGCGUUCCUGAUGGACAAGGUCACCCUCAGCGUGUCACUGCCCUUGCCUGGUGCACUGCAUGGCACAGACCAGCUCUCCAUCCUCUCCUCCACGUUAUGGUCAGGGAUCAUGUGUGUGCUUUGUUUAGUCCUUGCAAGGUUUCAUCCCAAGGGGCUGCCUCAGGAGAUCUUUCCCCCUGGCAGUGCCUGGAUUUGGGGAGAGGGGUGGCUGAAAGGGCAGGGAGAGCAGGCAGGGGCUGUCCAGGUGCUGGUGGAGAAUUGUCACAAGCACAUCCACGGAUGCUGUUUGCAGCUCUCACAUACUGCAAGGGAAGAUGUUGGGGGAUGUUGCUGUUAAAGGCUGUGGAGCUGUGCUGGUUUCAGCCAGGGCAGAGUUAAUUUUCUUCACAGAAAAUAGAGCCCCAUACAAGCUGCUGUGAAAAAAUUUAACUCUACCCUGGCCAAAACCAGCACGGGAGCCCAUGAGAGGUGCCCACUCCCCUGGCUCUGGGCUCUGGGCCCCUGCAGAGAGGUGUUCAGUGCCUGGCUGGUGCAAAGGGGUCACAGCACACUCAGCUG